UUGGUUGGUUGUAAAUAGUUGUUAUCUAUCUGCAGCUAAGCUUCACCGGUUGUUGCGCAAUGUAAAUCUCCUGGCGCAUCUUGUCGCCCUAUGUAAACACGCAAGCAGCGCACGGUCAAGGUGCGACUGUUUCCACCGAAUACUUACCGCAGCUCUGAUUCUUUCACUCCCAUCUCUCGGUUCCCCGCCUCUCCUCAGCGAUGCGGUGGCUAUCGAGGCUGCUCUCCCACGCCGCCGCGGCCGGGAGGACCUCCGCGGUGGCCAGGUCCACCAGCAUCCACGUCAGCGGAGGAUCCCACGGGUUCGCCAGCGGCGGCUGGGAGGGGUCGCCGGCGGUGCCCCGGGAGUGGCUGCGGAAGCUGUGGCGGGAGGAGCUGAGGAAGCAGAAGGAGGCCGCGAGGGCUCUCGGCGCGUUCGCGAGGAGCUAUGAGUCCGUGGAGGCUGCAGGAGCGGCCACGGAGGCACCGUCGAGGAGCUAUCAGUACGACGACAGGGACCUCGAUCCCGUCGAGGCCAAACUGGCUCCUCUUCUUGCAAGAGCUAACCUCGUGAUCGCCAGGGACAUUGAGUGGGCAAACAUCAUGCUUGCUUUUGAGCAGGAGAGCAGAUAUAUCAUAAUGGACCCACUCUUUCCACAAUCUCCAGUAGGUUUUAUUCGAGAGAAAAGCAACAUCAUCUUUAGGCAGCUACUAAGAACAAGACGGCCAUUUGUUGCAGAAAUAACUGAUGCUAUGGGCAAUGAGAUAUUUAAGGUUCGCAGGCCAUUUUGGUUGAUCAACAGCUCAAUUUAUGCAGAAGUGGAUGGUAAGGAGAUAGGUGUAGUCCACAAGCGUUGGCACCUUUGGCGGAGAAUUUAUGACCUGUACUUAGGAAAUAGGCAAUUUGCGGUUGUUGAGAAUCCAGGUUUCUGGAACUGGACCUUUAGCCUGGUGGAUGAAGAUGAUAAACUGUUGGCUCAGAUUGAUCGUAACUGGAGGGGAAUUGGGUUUGAGCUCUUCACGGAUGCUGGCCAGUACGCGGUUCGGUUUGGUGAUGAGGGACUAAGCCACAAGUUUGCUCUUGCAGCAGAUGUCGAAGAACUACAUGUUGCUCGGCAGCUGAGUUUGCCUGAAAGGGCCGUGGCUCUUGCACUUGCGAUAUCCCUGGAUAGUGAUUACUUCUCUAGGAGAGGUGGCUGGGGACUUCCUUUUCUCAUUGCCACAGAGUAGACACGCGCAAACCCCAACCGCCUUUACGCAAUGGAAAACAUCAUCCUUUCUCAUUGUUGAUACAAGCUCAGCGGUAGUAUACUGUUGUUCAGCGAUUGAGAUCAUCGCCAGAGGCAGGAAAUGGUUCCUGUGUCACUGACUAUCAUAAGAUUGCUCCUCUGCUUCAUGCGAAACCUGAAAGUGGUGGUUUCCCAAGGAGAUUGGCUUGCCUCCAACUUUGCCACCCCUGUAGGUUGUCGCUCAGGCAGACAUUGCUGAAGUUUUUUCUUUCUUCUGUAUGCAUAGUGGAGUGCAAAUCCCGUUUUGUUAUGGAGGUGCCACGCGCUCGUUGACGUUCUAAUAUCAAGUGCGACACUCUGAAGCACGGUGUUACUGCUCAA